UACAAGCGCCACUCAAUGGAUACUCAACGAAUCAGAAAAGCUCCGAUCUCUCUUAUCCGCCAUGCCGAUAACCGUCACCUGGGCGGUUUCCAACUCCGUUCCGCCCGUUCGCGCACUGAUUCCGCCAACCGGCGCCAUUUUCAAUCGUUCCACUUCGUAUUCACCUUCUAAAUCCGCGUUUAUUGCCUGCAAUAAGGUUUCGUUGCGCAAUCUGAGAAAGCCCCGGCCGUUGGGGACCGUCGUGAUUAGGUGUGGUGGCGGCGGCACAGUGCAGGAGAUUGAUGAGAGUCAGUUCUCCGAGGUCGUUUUGAAGUCGGAACGCCCCGUCCUUGUCGAGUUCGUCGCCACAUGGUGCGGCCCCUGCCGUUUGAUUGCCCCUGCUAUUCAAUCACUUGCUCAGGAAUACCAAGACAGAUUGAGUGUCGUGAAAAUUGAUCACGACUCGAACCCUCGACUGAUUGAGGAAUACAAGGUGUACGGGUUGCCAACAUUGAUCCUCUUCCAAAAUGGACAGGUUGUCGCCGACAGCAGGAGGGAAGGCGCAAUAACUAAGGCUAAACUCAAGGAGUACAUAGACAAACUUCUGGACUCAGUAUCCGUCGUUUAGUGAGUGAUCUUCCGCUCGCUCACCCAGAUGAACAUCAUUUACGUAAAAAAGGGAAUGAAGAUAUUACCAUGGUUAUAAUUCCUCGUCCAAUAUUAGAAUGUACAAAAUUUAUAGCAAUGUAUUUUCAAUGUAAUACAUGUGAAAUUUCAUUUCUUACCAUUCAAGAUAUGAACAAUGUUUGUUAGUCGUUAGAAGUUUGUUAAGGACAAUGGUGACAUUCUCAUUUUCAAUAUUGGGUUAUAUAAUAGUUCGUGUGUUUCCAUUAAUAAA